GUUAACCAAUAGCGACGCCCGUUAGAGGGCUAGGCACUUCCUCACAUAACUGGAGUUACGUCCAGUAACUACUAUUUCUAUGCUGUCUCUGUUUGGCUUGACACCGUGACUAGCUGCAGCUAGACAACUGGCCAAAAAAACUCUUCCUCUACCCUCAGUUUUGAAGAUGAGUUCUAGAGUGUUAGGUGUCCUGGAGAAAGAUGAGGAGGAAGAGGAAGAGGAAGAAGAAGAAGAGAGCAUGAACCCGACAGAGGUGAAAAUGAGUCAGAUAGUGAUGCCCUGUCACAGCAACCCUCGACAGGAACUGAGCGUGGGACAGCUACUCAAAUGGAUAGACUCCACUGCCUGCCUCUCUGCUGAGAGACAUGCUGGAAGUCCCUGCGUCACUGCUUCGAUGGAUGACAUCCACUUUGAACACACCAUCAGUGUGGGUCAGGUGGUGAACAUCAAGGCAAAGGUCAACAGAGCCUUUAACACCAGUAUGGAGGUGGGCAUUCAGGUGAGCUGUGAAGACCUGUUCUCUGAUCGUCACUGGAGAGUUUGUCACGCCUAUGCCACCUUUGUAACCCAGCGCACAAACACUGGAAAAAAGGUGAUCUUGAAGCCUAUUGCACCUCACACACAGAGAGAGCAAAUUGAAUACAGUGUGGCAGCUGAGAGACGGAGGGUCAGGAUGGUCCACGAUGACAUCAUCAAAGACCUGCUCUCCCAUGGGUCUAUCCAACAGACUGACAACUCAGCAGUAGGCAAUGCAGUGGCAGCAGAGAGAACCAAGGUGGAGAGUGUUGAACUGGUUCUACCCUCGCAUGCUAACCAUCAGGUGAAUACAUUUGGAGGACAGAUCAUGGCCUGGAUGGUUAAUGUAGCUAUGAUUGCUGCCAGUCGUCUGUGUCAGGCUCAUCCGACUCUUCAGACCAUUGACAUGUUCACUUUCAGAGGACCUUCUCAAAUUGGAGACAGACUGCUGUUGAGGGCUAUAGUCAACAAUGCCUUCAAAAACAGCAUGGAGGUGGGAGUGCGAGCAGAGGCCUACCAGGAGGAGGGGCCUAACCGACACAUAAACUCUGCCUUCAUGACCUUUGAGGUGCUUGACGACCACAGGAAGCCAUGUACGUUACCACGGAUACGACCUGAACCCCUGGAAGGGGAGAGGAGGUUUCAAGAGGCCAUAGCCAGGAAGAAGAUCAGAUUAGACAGAAAGUACAUAAUUUCCCGCACGCAGGGUGAGGUCCCUCUGUCUGUACCCUGGGACCCCAGAAACCAGGUGUAUCUGAGCUAUAACAAUGUGUCAGCUCUGAGGGUGUUGGCUGCUAGAAACAACUGGCGCCUCAGCUCUGAGAAAGACAAGGUUCGUCUUUACACCCUGGAGCAGAAGUCCAUGUUGAGUUUCAGAGUGGAAUCAGAGGUGGAUAUUCCUGCUCACAGAGCCUUUUGCCUGCUGGCUGAGCUGAGCAAUAGACCAAGCUGGGACACACAUUAUCAGAAAUGUGAGCUGAUUCACCGGGUGGACGAUGACGACUUCCUGUAUCGUGUGGUUGCCCCAUCUGUCCGUCAUGGUGCUGUAGGUUCCUCAACUUCAGUCAGUCGGAGAGAAGGAAUUCUCCAGGACUUCAUCUUGUUGGCUUCCAAGAGGAACCCAUGUAGCAGUGGAGACCCAUAUGUCAUCGCUCUGCGUUCAGUGUCUCUGCCCACUCACCCACCCACUGAAGGAUAUAACAGAGGGGAGGUACUAUGUGCUGGAUUUACCAUACUGGAGAUGAAAAACAUUUCACUGAUCAGUUACUAUAACCAGGCAUCUCCAGAGGUCCUUCCCUACAUCUCCACUGAUAUUGCCGGCCUCUCUUCCUCUUUCUACCACACCUUCUGCUCCUGUAGCCAAUACCUGACGAAGAACAGGCUGCAGUUCACCUCUGAGGAGCAGACUGGCCAAUACAAGGCCACAAAUACAGACAGUCCCAACUGUGAGAAUUAAGCUGACAGUCUGUUAGUGGCUCUCUGUAGCACCCAGCUGUAGACAGUAAGUGGUACUUUCCUGGCCAAUUUACAUCAAAAAUUGUAGGGUGAGGUCAAUCUGCUGCUUAUUCAGCAAGAUAUGAUUAAAUACUGUCACAAGUGCUCACAGUGAACAAAAGAUGAUAUUUGCAUUGAAAACAUUUUAAACUUUGUUAUUUUUAACAGGCAUAAGAAUAGGUCACAUUAGAACAGAUCAAUAAGAAAAGAUCACAAUAAAAUGAGUAAAGAAAAACUAUGCCUUAGACACUUAAUGCUCACUUUAAUAUUCAGAACUGGAUGUAAGACAGACCUUUCAAAAUUUUCAAAAUAAAGUGUCUUUCAAUAUUUAAUUAUUCUGUUUGGACACAGUAAAACUGUGUUGUUUGUGUCACCCAGGAUCAGUUAAUCUAUUUUUCAGUUUUGUAAAUCUAAGGAAAAUAAAUGUUCAUGUAGUUGUCAAUCCAAGUGUUGGGUAUGAGGGAAAUAAUUUUUUUAUUUUGAGAAACACUAACAGUGGCAUUUAUUGAAUGAAUAAUCUUCAUUUGGUGACUGCAGUUAGCACAAGGUAACUUCUUUUUUUGAUAAAAACAAUGAUGUCUCAUUGAAUGCUUUCAUAGGACUUUAAUAAAAUGUUUUUGACAAAAUAUGUUUGCUGUGUGUUUCUUUGAUCAGAAUUCAAAUGUAAACUAGAUAAGAGCAUAUAAUUACUCGACUGUGAUAUGGCACUUUAUAUUGAAGUCAGUUUGAUGGCAACAUAUUGUA